CUCCUCUAUAGUAACGGCACCGAGCAGCGGAGCAGCGGAGCCGCAGCACCUGUGGCGCUCACGGACUAUUUCUUUUAAAACCCAUUAAAACCUUUUAAACCCGUCUUUUAGUUCACAGCUUCAGAUCAGGUGGAGAUGUUCAACAGUAACUUCCGGGACGUGGACGAGGACCCGUUCUUCUCGGAUCCAUUCCGGGCUCACCGGGAACACAUGCGGCAGAUGAUGCGGAGCUUCUCUGAGCCGUUUGGCGGGCCCUUAAUGCCCAGCAUGAUGGAUGGGAGAAGUCGGGGUCACGACAUGGCCGAGCAUCCUGGCUCGUCCCUGGCACUGAGGGAUGAACAUAGGGAUAUGAGCCGGUCAUUGAUGCCCUUUGGCAGUACUGACAGCACGGACAUGAUGAGGAACCCUUUCGGCAUGUUCGACAACGUGAGGACCAACAUGAGGAACAGGAUGCAGGACACGCAGCGAAACUCUGAGAACAUGUCCAAAGGUUCAAACACCCACUCGUUCAGCUCCUCAUCAGUCAUGACGUAUUCUAAGGUUGGAAAUGAGCCUCCCAAAGUCUUUCAGGCAACCUCAUCGACACGCCGUGCCCCCGGAGGGAUCAAGGAGACCCGGCAAGCAGUUAAAGACUCCGAGAGCGGUCUGGAGAAGAUGUCAAUCGGUCACCACAUCCAAGACAGGGGACAUGUUGUUGAAAAGAAAUACAACAAGAAAACAGGAGAGAAGGAGCUCAACCAGGACUUUCAGAACUUGGAUGAAUCUGAAGCACAGUCUUUUGACGAUGAGUGGCAGGAGGAGUUGACCAAGUUCAAGCCGUCUGGCCCCGUGCCGCGUCUGGAAGAAGCUCGGCCCCGUGCCGUUCACCCGGCGGCCCUCACGGGUCCUGAGGAGGCCCUCAGGGGUCCUGAGGAGGCCCACAGAGACCAGUCAAAGGGCAAAGCUGAGGGUAGACGCAACAUGAAAGGCUCGGGCUCGACAAAGCAGUGAAACCAUCUGUUUCUGUGCUCAUUAAAGUCUUUCAGGCAUCAUGCAGUACACACUGGUGCUCUGUGUACACACACACACACAAACACACACACACACACACACACACACACACACACACACACACACACACACACACACACACACAAGGUUCAUCAACAAGGUAAACAGGAUCAGAAGGCACUGACCUAGAAUUUGAAAUAUUUAACAGACUGUACAUUGUGUAUUGCUGCUGCUCAUUUUCCGAAUCCUACACUGCACAAUAUGAAAAUCUUCUUGCUGCUGAUGAAGACCUGCUGUAGAUGGCUGCCCCCUUACACUGGACAUUUAUUCAGAUUUUUCAGGGAUCACAUUUCUCCUCUCUCACUGUUAAAGGAGACAUAUGAUGCUUUGUCUGUUUUGUCCCACCGAUACCUCCCUGACAUGACAUCACAAUGUCCCCCAUUGGCAUAAUGCAUGGCUAGCAGCUUGUCUGGCACGCCCCCUAACAAAGCCAGGUAAAACGAGAGCAGGGGACGACUUUUCCUACAUGCGCUGGAAGCAGUUGACUUAUCACAAUAAGGUGACCGAGCUGGCCAAUCAGAGCCGACUGGGCUUUACCGGGCGUUUGCUGAAAAGAGAAGCUGCGGCAAUGGACAGUACGAGGAAGGCGAUGGGGUUUCUGAACAUUCUAAACAGCCUGUAAACCUUUAUAAGUAAUAACCCAAAGAAAAAAGAUGAGCAUAAUAUGUCUCUUUUAAUAUUUCGAGCCUUAGCACCUUUCACACUUGAGUUUAAAUUCAUAAAAAUAGCCAAAGGAGUUUGGUGAGGUACUAAAAAUGAUCUGAAGUCCUAUAAUAGGCUUUGGAGAAUAGUUGAUAGGAACGUGAAAUACAUGUGACAUAGUGUGUUGCCAACAAGUAAAAGGCUCAUUAGUAUUUCUGUGGUUCUAAUGAUGUUGAAACACAUUUUAAUAGACUCAUAAGAUCAUAAAUGUGAGGCCAUGGGCACCGUUUAUACCAUUAGACAUAAACAGUCAAACAGCAAUGUAUAAUUAUCAUUGUGGAUCAGAUGAAUAUAACUUGCUGUAGGUGAGAUAAUCUGAUGAGGUCAUCUGUUUCUCACAUUCUGUCAUUUUCAUACUGAAACAAGACACAAAAUUAGUAAUAUAUCAAGUUUUUGAAAUCCACUAAUGCACUUAGACAAUGUCUCAAUUGUCUUUUCGUAAUUAUAUUGUCUAGUACCUGAUGUUCUCAAUAGAUGUAUUUUAUCUGCUGUAAUCUUUGUAAAAAGAAAAAUAAUACUCUUCCCUUUUUAUAUAUUGUUACUUUGGUUUCUCUACUUUUUCAUCUGAUGAACUGUGCAGCGUAGCAACAUCUGGAUUAUUUUCAAUAAUUCAAGCUUUGUUCUUGUAUAUUUGUUUUCAAGGUUUUCAAACCAAAGUCCUGUGUCAACACAGACUAUCGUCUGGUAUUAAAAAAUGUGAAAACACUAAGAUUAA